AUGCCAUCCGAAGAUAUGUUCGGUCUAUAUAAUGCGCCUGAUACUCCUGUGAGCAAGAAGAAGGCGAGCAGGCGGCAUCGCGGGGAGUGCAGCAAAGAGCCUCCAGCAAAGAAAACCCGCACUGAGGAGCCUCCAGUAGCAGGUCCUUCGAAAAAUACAACACCACCUCCAUCUCCCCUCGAGCAGCAAUCUCCGCCUGCACCAGUCGGGUCGACCCCUCAUGCACCGGCUCCUAUCGAUCAGACACAGCCAGCUGCCCCUGUUCAAACAGGGGAUGACUUAUUGAGCCGCGCUCUAAGAUCGGCCAAGGAUAGGAUGACAAGGAUCCUGAGGCACGAGCGCAGCCGAGAAGCCAUGGCUGGGACAGAGUUGAUGGAUGUCAACCAAAUCUUGAACCACACACUAAACGAGCUUGCCAGUGCAAUGCUGACCGUGAUUGCUAGCCGGCUCUGCUCAGGGAUCAUUACUGAGCAAUCCAAGGCAUUCGAGCAUCGACACGCUGAGGAGAUUAAGGUCAUUGAAGCGAAAUAUAAAGAGCAGCUUGAGGCGGCUCAAAAGGCAAAUGUGGCAUUGCUCGAGGAGAAAAAUAAACUGGCCAAGGAGAUGGAGCAACAUCAGGCUGCUCUGAACAAAGCCCUUGAGGCAAAAGAGAAGUACAAAGAGUCCCCCCUCACCAAUUUUCGCAAAGCCAAAAGACUCGAGGCGGACCUGAUCGAGAGCAGGCAAGAGGCUGAUAAGUUGGAGGCUCGCAUCAACAAACUUGAAAAAACCAACGCCAGCAAUCUGGAGAGGUACAAGGGCGCCAUGUCCAAGUGCUUCUAUGAUUUCUGGAAAGACAACCAAGGGGCCGAUUUCAGCUAUCUCUCUGAGCGCAUGAGGAAAACAGAAAUAGCCCAGUGCGUUGCUCGCUUGGAGGAAGAAGAGAGAGCGAAAACCCCAGCCUUGCCCGAGAUCUCCUUGGCCACUGGCAUUGAAGGCGCAAAGAAUGAAGCCGAAGCUGGAGUCGACCAGGAAAAUCCACAAGACCCUCCUGCCUCAUGA